AUGAUAACUCUCUCAAAGAAGAUUAAGGAAGAAAGGGACAAGAAGGAGAAGGUGAAAAGUACUUCUGGGAGUCCCAAAAUCUCGAGAAUAUCCGUUCGAGAUAAGUUACUUGUCAAAGGUAUGCUCAUAUACUUGCAUAAGACAUAGAUCGUUGUUGUAACUGAACCUAAUUUAUGAGUUCAAAAAGCUUAUAUGUCCAGGUUACUACCUAGCGUUGGAAGCCUAGAUUUUUAUUGCAGUUUUUAUGUUUUGUCUAUUUUUUGCUAGUUUAUGCUCGUACUCAAUACGCCCCGGUACUUGUUUUUGUUUUUCCGCUUUUAGAAGUGACAGAACUGGAGGAAAAUGCGCUUGGUAAGAGCUAAAUAUGAGCCUUAUCUGCUGUAAUAUCGAUGCAAGUUUGGGACCGUUAUACAUUUCUGGUAAACUGCCCACCUACCCCUCCCCCAAGCCAACAUUUUGUCCUAAGUGAGAAGUGAGUAUUGAUGUAGGUUUAGGGGAUAGGUAGGUGGACAGUUCCCAGAAAUGUAUAAUGCCUACAAUCUUGUAAGAGAACGGUCCUUGUAACUAAAUAUGCAUACAUUUUGUGAUGUUUAUAAUUAAAUAAACCGCUUAGACAGUUUUUUGUUUGACAUUCUCCCCUUGGUUGGGAUUUUUAUCAAUGCAUAGGUAAUAACAAGCUUACUUAUAACUCUUGAACAAUGAAGACUUGAGAAUCUCAGAAAAUAUACUGUUCAGAUUCCUUGUGGUCUGCCAAGUCCUUAGAGAAUUGUAUUAAGCAUACUUGUAUGUGCCCCGCUCCCCACCCUGAAGAGUGGGGUGGGACAGCUCCAAAGCACCUAAAGAUACCACAUUUACUCAAAUGAGUACCAUCCUCGAAUAAGCAACACGUUUGGGACAACAGAGUUAAUAAAUUUUCUGUAUGAACAAUAGAAAACUUGAGCCUUGUAAUGUAUAAGGGAAAGAUUUUGUGAUAGUUUGAAAAUUGUUUUUCGUGUCUACAGAAAGUUGAUCAUGUGAACAACUAUUGCAAACGGCCUAUUAGCAAGCAUGGUACAUCUGAACCUUGAUUAUAACAAAACCUUGUUACAGCAGACAAAUUUGGGCAGUCCCUUGACCCUUUGUUAUUGAGAUUCCACUGUGCAAGUGCAAGUGCAAGUGAAGCCCUGGUGGCAGCACUUGGGUUUAUAGUGUACAUGAGAUUGUGUGAAUCUGGACAAUAAAAAAAAUAAAAAAUAUGAUCGUCUGCCACAUUGGAAUGUUGGUUCCCUCCCUAAUGCUCAGCAAGGUUUUCCUCUUUACUUCUGCUUGCCUCUCUCCUCAAAAACCAACACUUCAAAAUUCCAAUUCGAUCUGGAAUCAACACACAGACACAUCUAAAUAAGUUCUUAAGAACUCAUACAUUGUAAGUGCUCUAUGUGCAAAUGAAUUACAAUAAUUACUGCUAUUUACAGGUGUUUCACUUUAUGCGUUGUCUUUUGCCUGUCUUUGUGUUUGCAUGAAUCACAUAUGUAAGUCAGUUCUCAGUUUGGUGAUCUUAUCAUUUUUAGUCUCACUUCUCUUUUUAUUACAGAAUCUUGCAAAGUUGAGUUUAAGGACCCAAAUGUUCUUCAUGAAUUCACUCUCACCAUAACUCCAGGUAAGAAAGUAGACCUUUUUCCUUCAUUUUUUGUUCAGACGUAUUGUACACUUUACCUUAUUCAUCAAUUUUUAUUUUCUUAAUUUGAAGGAGAGGGCUACUGGAAGGAUGGGAUUUUUAUCUUUCAUGUCCUUAUACCAGAGGAUUAUAACAUAAAGGUCAGCAAAAAGUGUUAAUACUUUUAUUAUUAAAGUUGGCGUACAUGUAUGUGUUUAUCAGUUUUUUCUACAAGCUGUUCCUUAUUAUGUUUUUUUCUAGUGUAUAAGAUUAUCUUGUGAAGGUUCAGUUAUUUCCGUACUUCAAUUUUUAUUAGGAUCCCUUCGGCACAGCUUAAACAAAAAUUAGGUUUGUUGUCUCUGUCCAAAAAAAGAGAAAAUGGUGGACACAUGACCCACAAUGCGAGAUAGAAGUGAUUAUAUAUUCAGCAUGCAAAAGUAUGAUAUUAGGGCCGUUUAUACGAGAGAAAAUAAGCCGUGGCUUACUAUAGCCGCGGCUUACAUAAGACGUGAACACCCCGUAUAAAUGGUACAAAAUCUAUGUUCACGGCUUAUUCAACCCAAGGCCAGCUCAGGCCGCGGCUUAUCCUGGCCGAGGGGUUUUGGGAUGGGCUUAUGCAAGCCGCGGCUUACCUUGGACGUGAAAGCGUUCAUAUAAAUGCACUCAAACGUUGUCCGCGGCUUGCUGAAGCCAUGAACGACUGCUGCACAUGCUCUGUUUUCAAUUAUAUCCCAGACCUUAACGGCCAAGAGACGCGCGUUGCAAUGGUGGGAAAAUGAGUUUUGUUUACAUUUACACCGUGGAAAAUGGUGGAUAGAGAUUCAUGUAAAAAAAGAAAUGUGUGGGGUCCCCCAAAAGAAAAACAAAUCCUGCUCAUAUGCAGCGAGCUUGAGAUUGCGGGGCAGCUCGAUGUCUGUGCUACCUCGCCAAGCGUAAGUUUGCCGAUUUUGAUUUUAAAUCUACGCUUAUCAAAAGCACAACCUGGCCGCGAACUAAGCCGUGAACCAUUUAUACAAGCGGUUCGCGUCUAAUAUAAGCCGUACUCGUAUAAAUGGUUCCUUUCACAUCUUAUAUGAGCCUCAGCCAGAGUAAGCCGCUGCUUAUUUUCUCUCGUAUAAACGGCCCUAAUAUCUCUUCCACAAGAUAGAAAGAAAGGUGCAAAUGAGUCAGACUACUGAUGUAUGACCAAUGAUGUCUAGAUUUUGAGAUCAAACCAAAAGUUUCUAAGACCAACUAUUUGCCUCUCCCCCACCCCAUAGCCUAUUAAGCUAUGGACUUGUGGUAUGCUUCUUAUAAUUCAUUAUUAUUCUGAUGAUGAACUUCUGUAGCAUCCUAUCCUGGGUAGGGAUAAGCGGGGAGGGGGGAGGGGGGACAUUUUUUUUCUUGAAUUCAAUCUGGUUGACCAAAAAUUGAUGCUUUGAUUAAUUUUUUUUCAGCCACCACAUGUCUGGUGUGAAACAAAAAUUUGGCAUCCAAAUAUAAGUGAGAAUGGUGAAGUGUGUUUAAGGUAUGGUCAAAUGUGGUUUUGAAUGCUCUGACCCUCUUCACUUAGAUUUAAUGCUUCUUUAGGUUUUCAAUUCCUAUCCCAAACUUAAUAAGAGGUUGAAAUGCAUUCCAUGUGACAUGUUGUUCCAAAAAGCUCAUGGAUUUGAUUAUAUAAUAAUUAUUAAUAAACCUAUUAUUAUUUUGACCAUUUGUUGCCAACUGUAGGUGUAUUAAAUUAUUGAUACAGAAGUAAUUAAUUGAAAGUAAUUGCAAUCAUAUUAUAAUCUCCUGGUUGAUAUUUCACAUGCAUCGCAUGUAUGUAGCCAGCAUUCAUUUGGACUUUCACUAGGAAUGAAUGGAAUGCACAGAACCCAAUUUGAUCACAAGCGUCUCGACCUUCCACCCUUCGUAAUCUGAUCACACAUGUUUUGACCAUCUGUCACUCGAAACUUAGACAAAGCACAGCAAUGGAGCAAAAGCAUUUGGAUCUUUGAUCGUUGUCACCCACACUCCCUAAUCUUUGGUUAUUACUAGUGUUUCAUCUUUUUUUUUUCCGUUCAGUUUGUUGAGGGAACACACACUUGAUGGUUCUGGCUGGGCUCCAACUAGAAAAUUAAAGGUACAAAGUUAAUAAUUUUCUUAUAAAGCCUCAAAAGUGAUCAACACCAAUUUUCUCUGGACAAUAUCAAUACAGAAUUACUAAAGAUAAAAGGUUAUGGGAAUUAAUAAAAUUAUUCAUAAAGAGAGAAUGCAUGGAUCUUUUAUCAAAUUCUUCUUCAAUAAUUCCUUAAGGAAAUGUAUAUGUAUUCCAGUCUAAAGGUCUAUACUGAUAUUUUUUUUUAAGGUCAUUUGGUGAUCACCAUAGUACACUGUAUGUUAGUAUGUUCGUAUGUGACAAUUUUAUUCAUGGGGUUUACAGUACAUUAGUUGCUUUGUACGGCACUUGUGCACUUAAAAAAUAGUACCAACAUCUUACCUUAGGCAACGACUGCAACCUGGGCCCUGAAAAUUAGCACGUUAAGUCCCCUUGCUAACACCAACAACAACAAAACCCCAGUAGUCCUGCCUUAAGAUAACAUCACAGUGCAAGAUUUCACAUCAAUAGUGUUAUCAGCAGUAGUUUUUCUUGUGAAUUAUUUUAGACUUUGUUCUUUUUACCUUAUUGUUGUAAAUUAUUAUUAUUUCCCAUAGGAUAUUGUCUGGGGACUGAAUUCUUUAUUUACUGUAAGUGCUUUUCAGUGUUAUUCUAGUCUUUACUAAUAAACAAGCUUGUUCCCAAGGGUUCUCUCCCAGGGUUUUCAUUAAAAUUUCUAGGAGAAGGAGAAAGGUGUAACAUUACAGGAGAAUAUUUUAGCACAAACAGCUGCACAACAUUGCGUGAAAGGGGUGGGGGAGAGAAUUUAGUUUUAUUUUCCCCUUUUUAAGUUGGCAAAAUGUCAGAGAGGCUCUUUAGGGAGGGCAAAAUGUCUCAACUAAUUUUGUGGCUGAUAGUAGGUAAGUGAUCUCCAGCCAGGGGUAAAAUUACUUGGUAGAUUGCUGCAAGAUCAUGCCAGGGGUAACCCUGCAAAAUAUCAUAAGCAACUACUUAUAAGUGCCCCCACCCCCUCCCAAAAAAAAAACACUAACUCCCAUGGGUAUAGGCCCAUCUAUCUGUUCACAGAAAAAUACAUUUGAUUUUUAUUCCCCACUAAUUUUCUUUGUUUGAUUGAUAUUCAGCACUCUCACAACUCCAUACUACUUCAAACAGAAAGUUAAGAAAAAUUAUUGCAAAACAAACACUACCACUUUAUUAUGUGACUUUAUAAACCUAUAACUACAGUGUAUCUUGUGAAGAUGUUCCAUAAAAGGCGUUCAUAUUCAUGUUGUUUGUUUGAUUUUGUACCAGUUAGUAUUGAAAAGAAUUUUACCAUGUUUUACAGCUUAAGCAAAAACCAGUCACUGAAAAAUGUCUUUCCAUCAAUUGUGUUCGAUGUAUAGGCUCAUUUAAAACCCUGUUGCAAAGUUAUAUAAGCAGAGAUGUACAGUACAGUAGUAGCUUUCCUCUUAACAUGUUUUAUGCUACCAGAACCUGAAAUAAAGCCCCAGCUUUGUGGGCUCCCCAGCCGUAACAGGAGUUUAACAGUGAAUAGAGGCCCUGCCAGGGUAAAUUCCGACAAGCGACAUGGCCCAAAAAGUAGUGACAGCACGUAAAAUGAAAUCGCGACAAGAGACAACCUCCCUUGGCCAAAUUGUGACAGUGAUGGCAAAGCCGACAUUAAGUGACAAGCAUUUAUAAACACCGACACAACAUUUUAAAAUUCAGACGGGUAACAUGGGACCUCCCCCCCUGGCAGGGCCUCUGAAUGCUUUCAUUGUACUUUUCCCAAAUGGAUCCCCCCCCCCCUCACUAACGUUGGGAAUUGCUUGUUACUUUGUAUUUUGAAACCAGGACUUGUUAAACUUUGAUGAUCCACUAAAUGUUGAGGCGUCAGAGUUGUUUUUCAAAAAUAAGGUAAGAGCUCCUAUUGCUAUUUCUUUCAGAAUGCUCUUUUUACAUUUUGAUUGCUUGGCUAAUGCCCACCAACUUGUAAGUCUUCAGAUUGAAAACUUCAAAAUUUCAUGCCAAAUCUUUCCAUCAGAGUGUGAUUAACAAACUCAUACCUGGUAAAAAAAUUUGGGCUGACACAUUUUCAAAAAAUUCAUACGUCCAGUUUAAGUAAAUUCAAACCAUUCCAUAAAAAGAAAACGACAUGUGGACAAUCAUACCUCCCCAAAAAUCUAUGAUUUAUUAACCCUCCAAGUCAAAAGAAUUAGAUGUACCCACAUUAACUACUAACAACACCAGUACAGCCAUAGUCAAGAUAAUUAAUGAAUUGAUCACCUAAGGGAAACUGUUUUAACAAGUUCUCUCAACUAACCUCAUAAGAAAAUGUAUGAAAAUCAGUCCAUAGAGGUUUGUGAUACUGUUGCUCUGAUUCCUAGCCAACACAAUAUCCAUACCAAAAAUAUUAUUAACUUCCAACAGGAGUCAUUUCGAAGAAGAGUAGAGGACUACAUCAGAUUGUAUGCAUCACCCAGGAGAUAA